UCGUGUUUCAAGUUCAAGGUACUACAUUUGCUAGUGUGUUAAUUACUUGCACCUGCGUAACCUGGUAUUUAGAGAUUCGUCUGAAUGGUUUUGCGCAGUUCGGAAAUUCCCCGUGUGUCGUGAAAACGUGAAGAACGUAAGCUUCUUAAUUUUUCGAUUUCAUCUGGUGAUUCUGAUAGUUCAUUGGCAAUUUGCUUCGCUUGAAAAAGCUGCAGCAAAUCAGUCAGGUUUCCCAUUACUCGACAUUGAACCCUUCAGAAAUCAACGAUCAGAUUUCGUUUGUGUGAAUUCUUGCGGAAAAUCCGCAGCUCCUUGGAAGUCAUUGAGAUAUUGUAACAGGAAUCGACACCGAGUAUGGGCGACAGAAUGAUGACGGAAUUAAGUGCUUUGGAUUUAACAAGUUACACUGCGCAAGAAUUAUCUGAUGCCAUGGGACGAGCUUUGUAUCACGUGCAACAUUUGUCAGUUUUUGAAAUCAAGCCCUUCGAUGGCGGCACCACCGAGUUCAUCCAUUUCCUGAUAAGCUUUGAAGAAUUGAUCGUGAAGGGUGUGAAAUGUGGGUCAUUGAAAUUCAUGUUUUUGAAGAAAUAUCUGAGAGGAGAAGCGUUGUACCUCGUCCAAAACAUUGGUGUAUAUAAAGACGCAUACAAGGAUGCGUUGGAAAUAUUGAAAAUGGAGUAUGCAUCACCGAGCAGAAUAAUCCGAGAGGUGAUGAAAAAGCUCGCAGAUUUCCCCGCCAUCAAGGAAAUCGCAAUGACCCUGAUUCAUUAUGAUAUGACAGCAGAUUUGAAUUCAUUCUUGCUAAUGGCGCUGAUCAAAAACAAAUUACCUGCUAAGCUACACAUCGAAUGGGAUCCGUUGAUUCGGAAGAUGCUGAUGUCCGAGGAAACGAAAGGACUGUCAGAGAAGGAUGAAUCAGCGAAGAAAAAAUCAACCGCCGAGGCGGGAGACCGUGUCUGGGAUUUGGCCUAUGCCAUUGUGGGGAGUAUGGCUGAUGAAGUUCUCAGGUCAACGUUGGACAUCAAAUGCUGCGAUGAUAAUUCAUCCUCUUUGGACUUUCACUUUCUCGCGUUCUGUUGA